AUGGGUAAUAGUAAUGAGUACGCGCCAGAAGCUGCGAAGCAGUGGAACGCUUUUGCAGAUAAUCCCGAUUCUAAAAAAUCACAAGCUGCUAGUCAAAGCAAUCAAUCCGCUACUAAAUCAAAGGCAAUGGCAUUGAUCAAGGCAGAGCCCGAUGUUUUAUUCACCGACACGAUGGGAAUGGAAACAAUUGUAUUGAAGGUUGGAGCCGCCGAGGACGGAAACGGUUCUAUGGCAUUUUCCAUCCACAAGAACCUGCUGCACGACUCGUCCCGUCGGUUCGCAAAGAUGCUGAAAGAAAGCGGAUCCUUGGAGAGAAACCAGAUGUACUCAAUCCGCGAUACAAGCCCAUUUGUGUUUAAACUCUUCAACGAGUACCUUUACACUCGCCGUGUCCCUGGAGUCACUCGUCGCAUGUCCGCAGCCGAGCAAGGAUCGCGCAUCUCGGAGCUUUGCCAGCUUUAUGUCUUCGCCGAGAUCUUUGAAAUGCACAAUAUCUUCCUCAAUAAAAUUAUGGAUGCGAUCCAGGAUGGUCUUACUGUCGGCUCCACCAUCUUGACUCAUACCCUCGUCAAGAACAUCCUUGAUCAUGCUAAACCAGACUCGCCCCUUCGCAAGUUCUGCGCCGCUAACGCCAUUUAUUCUGCAAUGACUCCAGGCCUCGACUCGGCUGGAUUUAAAUGGUUGGUCAAGAACAGUGAUGAGUUCUUUGAGGAUUUCAUGAGAAUGCUUGUCAAGUCUGCCAAGGGAAAUGAUCCGCGUCUUCGCGACGUCAACCAAGAAUAUGCCAAGGAAGUCAAGAUUAAGGAAGAGGACUUGGAAUUGGAGGCUGAAGGUGUUUCGGUUGGUGCUGGUACUGCUGCUGUUGGUGGUCCAGGUGUUCACCCAUGCCAAUUUCAUAUUCAUGGUGAAUCGGAAUAUGACGCAGGAAGCCCUCACGGUACCGGCGAUGACGAGAUUUGCUAUUUGCUUGCCGACCUAGAUUUGUAG